AGAGAGAGAACAAAUCAGAGAGAUAGAGAAAGAGAUGCAGAGAGAGGAAGAGAGCAAAGGGACUCAAGAAUUGGGCAGGGUAAGCCUAGUUUUCACUGUAUGGCCUGCACAAUCGACUUCCGCUGCCUAGACGAAGGCUUCGGCGGCAAAACCUACAAGUGCAAGCAGAACCCCGAAGCCGCUGACGACGACGAAGAUGCCGCCAUGGAAAUCGACGCCACCUACCCACCUCCGGCGAAGCGAUCUGUGGUGUCCUUCUCGGACAAUCCGGACAAACCAGUCGUGAUCGCCAGGAAGGUCUCCGGGCGAAAGUGGAAGCAAACGCGGAAGCAGAGGUCGUCGGCGGUUCAGGUGAGUCGGAAGGGGACGACAUUCGAGGAGAGGGAGAAGAACAAGUCGGUGAAGAAGGCGUACAAGGAGAGAAUGGCGGAGCUGAAGGGGCAGAUUAAGAGGAACAAGGAGGAGAAGAAGAGGAAGAGGGAGGAAAGGGAGAAGAAGAAGGAGAAUAUUCUUCCGGAGGAGAUGAUCAAGAGGAACAAUAAGUAAAUGACACAAAUACCCAUCAAAUACGCCACGUGGCACACUGGUUAACGCCGUCUUGGACGGCAGGUACAUAUGUUGGGUCGGGCUAGAUAACUUGGGUACCAUUGUGAUAGUUUUGGAAAUUUAGGUACAGAAAUUCGGAGUCGGCCAUAGGUUGGGUACUGUUUGUAUUUUUU